UUCUUGUUUGAGCCACGAUUUUGGUAGCUUGUAUUUCAUAAUUUUUAAAAUUUUCCUUAAUAAACUCUGAUUAUUUUUCUUUAAUGUGUGUGUAGGAAACUCAAAACGUUCGCGUCGCAUAUAGACAUACCGCAGGUCUAAUCAAAAUUCAGUCAAUUAUGCAACGUCACCGCAAACUGCACGGUUUUAGUAAAUAGCUCUACAUUUUUCCCUCACCAAUUGCAUUUAACAAGUGAUAUUAUUCUACAAAACAAAGUAUUCUACAAACAGGCCAAAAACACUAUCAAAAUGCUGAAAAGCUGCUGUCUGGCUUUUCCCAGAAGUCUUCUCACAACUACUGGCAAGCGACACAUUCAGUGUCAGUUGCACCGCUAUCAAAAAACUUCAGCAGCUGCAUUGGCCAACAUGGAAAAGUUUGACCUUCCGAAACGCCUGCAAGGGAGCACCCCCAGUGUGUGGAACGAAUACAUUGCUUUGGCUAUGCAGUACAAGCCAUUGAAUCUAGGCCAAGGAUUCCCGGACGACGCUGCCCCAGAGUACGUGACUCAAUCGUUAGUGGACAUUGGCAAAGAUGAGAAUCCUCUUCUGCAUCAGUACACACGUGGGUAUGGGCAUGUGCGGUUAGUUCAGGCCUUAUCAAAGCUCUACUGUGGGCUUGUGGGUCGAGAGCUAAACCCGCUCAGCGACAUAUUGAUCACCUCGGGCGCCUAUGAAGCCCUUUACUCCACCAUCAUGGGACAUGUAGACGUGGGGGAUGAAGUGAUCAUUAUCGAACCCUUCUUUGACUGUUAUGAACCAAUGGUCAAGAUGGCCGGAGGAGUACCUCGCUUUAUACCUCUGAAAGUGAAAAAGACGGAAGGCCCCAUUAGCUCAGCCGACUGGAUUCUUGAUGACGCCGAGCUUGAGGGACUGUUUAAUUCGAAAACCAAGAUGAUCAUCCUUAAUACGCCCCACAAUCCCAUAGGUAAGGUCUUUAAUCGCAAGGAAUUGGAAAGGAUUGCCGAGCUUUGCCGAAAGUGGAAUGUGCUGUGCGUUUCGGAUGAGGUAUACGAGUGGCUUGUCUUUGACGGGGCUGAGCACAUUCGAAUCUGCACGCUGCCAGGAAUGUGGGAGCGCACCAUCACCCUUGGAUCGGCGGGAAAGACCUUCUCCGUCACCGGCUGGAAAAUUGGAUGGGCAUAUGGUCCUGCCCAGUUGAUCCGUAAUCUCCAGAUGGUGCACCAAAACUCUGUGUAUACCUGCCCUACACCGCUGCAGGAAGGAGUGGCACGAAGCUUUGAGAAGGAACUCGAGCGCCUUGGCCAACCGGAGUGCUAUUUCUUGAGCCUUCCUCGCGAGCUAAAACAGAAGCGGGACUUCAUGGCCAAAUUUUUGUCGGACGCUGGAAUGCGCCCCACCAUUCCUCAAGGAGGCUACUUCAUGCUGGCCGACUGGUCGCCAGUGGCGGAUAAGGUGGAUCUAAGUUCAGAGCCAGACAAACAGAGGGAUUACAAAUUCACUAAGUGGAUGACCAAGAACAAGGGCUUGCAGGGCAUCCCGCCCAGCGCCUUCUACAGUGAACCCAACAAGCAUCUGGGCGAGGAUUUUGUACGCUAUUGUUUCAUUAAAAAGCAGGAGAACCUAGACAAGGCAGCUGAGCUGCUUAGUCAAUGGAAGUAGUCACUUGACAAUAAACGAAUUUGUUGCAAA